AUGUAUGAUGCGGCAAUUCCUUUUAAUGCUAUCAAUUAUCCAAGUUUUCAAGAUAUGGUGGAGUCUAUUGGACAAUUUGGGAUUGGUAUGAAAGCACCUAGUUUUCAUGAGGUUCGGGUUCCUUUAUUGAAUGAAGAAGUUGCUGAGGUGAAGAAUUCAUUAAAGUCCUAUGAAGAAGAAUGGGCAAAGUAUGGUUGUUCUAUAAUGGCAGAUGGUUGGACUGAUAAGAAACAAAGGACUUUGAUUAAUUUCUUGGUGAAUUAUCCAAAGGGAACUGUUUUCAUGGAAUCUGUUGAUGUUUCAGAGUACUCAAAAACUAGUGAUAAGAUGUAUGACCUGCUUAAUAGAUUUGUAGAGCGUGUUGGAGAGGCUAAUGUGGUUCAAGUUGUGACAGAUAAUGCGAGCAAUUGUGUGCUUAUAGGGAAGUUGUUAGAAACAAAGUGCCCUUAUUUGUAUUGGACUCCUUGUGCUGCUCAUUGCCUAGAUUUGAUGCUAGAAGAUAUUGGAAAAAUUCCCAAAAUUCAUAACACAAUUAAAAGGGCAGUGACAUUGAAUGGAUAUAUCUACAUUCGCCCGGGUGUGGUGAACAUGUUGCGGCACUUUACUGGUGAAAGAGAGCUAAUUAGGCCAGCUAUCAUAAGAUUUACAAUUGCUUUUCUCACCCUUCAACGUAUAUAUAAGCACAAGGCAAAUUUGAGAAAGAUGUUUACCUCAGAGGAAAGGACCAAAAGUAAGUGGGCAAAAGAACUGUCUGGUAAAAAAGUAUAUAGUAUUGUCAUGAUGCCUACUUUUUGGACUAAUAUUGUUUAUAUCUUAAAGAUAUUUGGUCCAUUAGUUUGUGUGCUUAGAUUAGUCGAUGGUGAGAAAAUGCCUGCAAUGGGAUAUAUUUAUGAGGCGAUGGAUAGGGCUAAAGAAGCAAUUGCAAAGUCAUUUAAUGAAAAAGAAGAAAAAUAUAGGACAAUUUUUGAGAUUAUUGAUAAACAAUGGGAAAGCCAACUCCAUCGACCUUUGCACGCAGCUGGAUAUUAUUUGAAUCCUGAAUUUUUUUAUUCAAAUAAGAAAAUUAAUGAAGAUGUUGAGGUUGUUACCGGUAUCUUUGGGAUGGAUAUGGCAAUUAGGAAUCGAAAGAAAGUAUCUCCAACUACAUGGUGGCUAACUUAUGGAGCAACAACUCCAAAUUUGAGAAAUUUUGCUGUUAAAGUGCUUAGCCUCACUUGUAGUGCAUCUGGUUGUGAGCAUAAUUGGAGCAUCUUUGAGCAUAUUCACAGUAAAAAAAGAAAUAGACUAGCUCAAAAUCGCUUGAAUGAUUUGGUGUUUGUCAAGUACAAUCGAUCAUUAAAGCGUAGAUAUGAUGCAUGUGACCGCAUUGACCCCAUCUCAUUGAAAGAUAUUGAUGAUAAUGAUGAUUUGACAUGGAAUGUGGUUGCUGCAGCUACUGGAGUUGAAGAGAAUGCCUACAACACUAGAUUAAGCAAAGGGAAAAAUGUUGCAUCUACAUCACAGCAAAAAAGAAAAGCAUCAUCCACUCGUAUUUCUUUACUUCUUGAAGACGAGGAAGAAAAUGAUGAUGAUGAAGAUGUUGAUUUGGAAGAUGAGUAUGAGGAGGAUAAUGAAGAUGAUGAAGAAGAUGAAGAAGAUGAAGGGGAUUUUGAUAUUUCUAUUGAUGUGGAUUGA